GAGCCGUGUGACCGUGUCCAAGCUUCUCCCCUCGACUUCAAUCGAGACCUCACACAAACCCUAGCUCCUCAAACUCCAGGCGGCGGCGGCGGAGAAGAAGAAAGGAGAAGCACGAUGAUCUACGACGUGAACUCACCCCUCUUCCGCUCCUUCCUCAGCCAGAAGGGCGGCGCCUCCGACAAGAGGAAAAUGGAGGAGCAAAAGCCUAAGGAGCAGAAGCCCAAGGCCAACGAGAACAAGCCUGUGAUGAACGAAUAAUUGUAGUGGCAUAAUCAUGUGAUUCCUGUUGUCUGCAUAUUGCUACCUAAAUGGAGUUGUAUGAACCUUUUGUGGUGCAUUUGAGAACUUGAUAUUGAAGUGCCUUUUUGAAACCUGGUUAUGCUCAUGCUGACUUCGUGAGAUGAUCCAGAAA